AUGAACGCGAGAGCGCGCAUAGAGCUAGCAGACCAGCACACGCUCCGGACCGUCAACACGGGAACUGAAAGCCCUCUGAUGGAGUAUGAGCUACAGUCUCUGGGCCCUGUCUCGGGCCCCGGGGCCACGGCGGGGCUUCUGCUGGCUCCGGACACAGAGCAGAUCAAGGCUCUUUGUUUCGUGGGGCUCCUGCUGCUGUUUUUGGUGUUCCUGCUGGUGCGGUGUUUCCGGAUUCUCCUGGACCCCUACAGUAGCAUGCCGUCUUCAUCCUGGUCUGAUCAUAAAGACGGUUUGGAGAGGGGACAGUUUGAGUACGCACUGGUCUAGAUGAACAAUUACAAACUGUCUGUUUGUUAUAAUAUAUAUCAUUAUAAACAAUAUAAUAUUUUGUACUUUAAUAUAAUAUUUUUCUUUAUUUUUGUAACAUUUCCACCCCAAAAUGUUGACUUCUGGAAUGUACAAAAUAAUAUUUGAAUUAAACUGUUAAAUAUCUAAUCUAAUCUAAUCUAAUCUAAUCUA